AUGCCGGCCCGACCACCGGUCAACAUGGGCAUGUACGAUCCCACCAGCGAGAGAUAUCGAGAUCCAAGCAAGAUGCAGUUGAUGAAAACUGUCAGCAAGGCGGAAGAAGAGAUGAGCAAAACGGCCCGGGAAGUGGAGCUCCGUCUCCACUCCAGCGGCGAGAUUCUCCGACUUCCAGCCCAAGUGUGCACGACGGUAUGGGACAUCAAGCUCUUCUUGGCCGAACGUCUUGGUCGUGAUCCAGGUGAUUUCACCUUCAUCGCGAAACAAGGACCCUUUUGGCGCGAGAACAAAGAUUGUGAAGAGAUGCGACCAAAGGUUGUCGUCAAAGGUUUGAAGAGCUUCGAACGCGAACGUACGCCCCACGAGCAUCCCGUUGUGGUCAUCGGCGCCGGGCACAUCGGCUUGCGCCAGGCCAUGGUCUUCAUGAAGUACAAGGAGUCCAAUUUUGUGAUCUUCGAUCGCAAAGAGAAGGUGGGUGGAAUGGCAUGGUGGGAUCAAGCCAAUGUGACGUCCAAGCUACAAACUGAGUUCGGCGUCUACCACUUGGGUUGGGACGAGACCAUUCCAACACCCACGGACGACUACCCCUGGCCAUCACGCGAUGAGCUUCUGAAGAUGUUCCAGAAGGGGGCCGAAGAGUAUGGCAUCAUCCCCUACUGUCGCCUUGGAACUGAAGUCAAGGAAGUGAAGGCUGAAGGGCAAAAGUUGGACAUGAAAUACGAAGUGAUCAUUGAGAAGAUCGGCAGCAACAAGGAGGAGACUAUGAAGGCAGCUGGGGUGAUGAUGUACCCAGGCAACCUCUCGUUGCCACGACGAGAAACCUACAAGGGCGAGGAAGACUUUGGAGGCACCAUUGCCUAUGGCAUGUUCGACGAGUUCAGCUACAAAGAGGCGCAGGGCAAAGACAUCGCCAUCAUCGGCCACGGCGCCUUCGCGGUGGAGAACGUGAGAAGUUGCUGUGAGUAUGACAGUCAUCAAAUCUACCUGAUCUGCCGACGGAAGAAUAUCGCCUGCCCACGUUUCGUGAGUUGGUUGUGCAACCAGUCGUUAUCACCGUUGUCCGCGUCCUUGUUCCUUCACGCCAUGAAGCCCAUGUAUGACCUGGUUGGCUACGACGUGUGGGACUACUACGGAGUGCAAGGCAAUGCAUCGAGAACCACCUGCAACAUUCAGCAGAAGGCUCGCUUCGGCAUCGGCGACGUCUACUUUUGCGCCAUCAGUUGGGGCAAACUGGAAGUGAUCGAAGACCCUGAGAGAGUGAAGCGUUUGGGACACCACGCCCUGUAUUUAGGUGGAAGUGGCCGCAAAUUGGAUGUCCAGUGUAUCCUGAAACUCCUGGGUUUCGUGGGUGACCCAACCAACGACAGGGUCAUGAAGAUCAAAGAACUGGUGGGUUUUUGGGUCAACGAGGACCCGCGGCGCUAUGUGGUGGCGGAGCCCGUGAGUGUCAUGGCCACCAACUUCGGAGGCACCAGCUUCUCUCCGGGCGCCAUCUCGUGGGCGGAACAAGGCUUUCACUUCAUGGAGUACCCCAAGGACUUCUAUGAGCGGGUCCUACCCACGGGCAUGUUGCCGCGACACAAGGCGGACGAGACGGAUCCCGGAACCUAUCGACCUGCCUAUGUGGUUGACGCCAGGCAUGGCACCCAAACCUCCGUCUUCAUCGGUUCCUUCAUUCCCUGGAUCCAGGAACGAGGUAUGCAGCAUUCCAGAAUCAAAGUCCAAAGAAUGUGGGCCCUGCAUCCCAUUGACAAGU